AUGAAAGAAGCGAUGGCAGAACUACAGCAAGCAAUCCUUUUGAUGACGGAACUCCUGCAGAAGCUAGCACAGCCGAACAAUACGGAGCAAACUCUCGAAUCCUUGGCAACCAACAUCAGUGAAUUUUCGUUCGACCCGGAAAAUGGAAUCACUUUCGAAAAGUGGUACAGCCGGUAUACGGAUCUUUUCGAAUCGGAUGCCAAGAAUUUAGACGAUUCCGCCAAGGUACGCCUGCUGUUAAGGAAGUUGGACACACCAUCACACGUCAGGUACGUCAACUUCAUCUUGCCGAAGCUUCCCAAAGACGUCGAUUUUGCUGGCAACGUCAAGAUACUAUCGCAAAUGUUCGGCACACACACCUCCAUUUUUAACAAGCGGUACAAGUGCCUCCAGCUAGUAAAAUCUGAAGCAGAGGACAUCAUUAGCUACGCAGGGAAGGUGAAUCGUUCAUGCGAAGAUUUCGACUUCAAAAAUAUGAACAUCGAUCAGUUCAAGUGCUUGGUGUUUGUGAGUGGCCUUAAGGGUCAUGCCUACGCCGACACGCGUCCAAGGCUUCUUUCCCGGAUUGAAUGUGAAACAGCAGAAACUCCCGUGAAUCUUCAGACCUUGAUUAACGAAUAUCAACGACUCGUUAAUCUCAAGGAGGACACAUCGAUGAUUGAGCGCCAGUCAAGCUCGAAACAAGCGGUUCACGCUGUCCAGGAGAAGGGAAGGUUUCAUCAUCCACACACUUCAAAACGGAAGACAGUUCCAGGCGGAGGGGAAAAGAAAACAUCGAAUCAGUCACCAUCGAAUCAGCCAUCAAAUCAGCAAACGAAUCAGCCAGCAAAUAGACAAAACAACCCUCGGAAAGUCAACGCUAGAGGAGUAUACAUCGUGAACCACAUUGUGAACCACAUCGCUAACCGUUCCAGUAACCGAAAGUACGUGCCUACUUUGAUCAACGGCGUGGCUACCAGGCUCCAACUGGACACAGCAAGCGAUAUCACGGUGAUAUCAAAGCAAACCUGGAACAACUUAGGUAACCUUUCAAUCAUCAAACCGACGAUCCAAGCAAUCAACGCGUCGGGCAAACCACUUCAUCUGAUGGGUGAGUUCCAGUGCGACGUCAGCAUCAACGGAAAAACUGCUCGAGGCAGAUGUUUCGUCACGACGACUGCCAACCUCAACCUUCUCGGCAUCGACUGGAUUGACCUGUUCAAGCUGUGCGCCCAGUCCCUUUCAACACCAUUCCAUUGGUCGAUGCUGAACUCACACGAUUACAAUCUAUGGUUCGAGGAUCCUGUCGAUUUCUCCGAAUGGGCUGCUCCCAUCGUGGCAGUGCGCAAACCUAACGGUCGAGUGCGCAUAUGUGCAGACUACUCGACGGGGCUAAACGAGGCGUUGGAACCAAAUCACUAUCCGCUUCCGACGCCGGAGGAAAUUUUCGCCCAACUCAACGGCAGCACCGUUUUCAGCAUCGUCUAUCUUUCCGAUGCGUAUCUGCAGCUUGAGGUGGAUGACGACUCCAAGAAGCUGCUCACAAUCAACACGCAUCGAGGAUUGUUCCGGUUCAAUCGUCUGGCUCCCGGAGUGAAAUCUGCGCCGGGCGUAUUUCAACGUGUGGUGGAUGGAAUGAUAGCAGACAUACCUGGUGUCCGCUCUUUCAUCGAUGAUGUCAUCGUGUUUGGAAAGGACAUCAGCUCACACGCAACGUCACUCAACCUACUCUUCCAGCGGCUCAAAGAGUAUGGUUUCCACGUGAAGGCUGAGAAGUGUCAUUUCUUUCAAUCACAACUCGGCUAUUUGGGGCACAUUGUGGACAAACAAGGCAUUCGUCCAGACCCCGAGAAAGUGAAGGCUAUUGCUGCACUUCCACCGCCAACCAACGUUCCCGAGCUUCGAUCGUACCUGGGUGCGGUCAACUUCUACGGUAGGUUCGUGCGCAACAUUCACGAAUUGCGGCAUCCAAUGGACCAGCUGUUGAAGAAGGACGUGAAAUGGCAGUGGACCCCGGCAUGCCAACAGGCUUUCGACCAGUUCAAAAGGACGCUUCAAUCAAACCUGCUGCUAAUGCAUUACGACCCUAAGCUUCCAAUCAUCGUGGCUGCGGAUGCAUCAAGCACAGGCAUCGGGGCAGUCAUCUUUCACCAGUUCCCUGAUGGCAGCAUGAAGGCAGUACAACACGCUUCGAGGACGCUCGCACCCGCGGAGCUUAAUUAUGGACAACCAGAGAAGGAAGCGCUUGCGUUGGUCUAUGCAGUGACCAAAUUCCACAAGUAUCUGUUGGGACGCCAUUUCACACUGCUGACUGACCACAAGCCACUACUUUCCAUCUUCGGUUCUAUGAAGGGGAUUCCCCUACACACUGCGAACCGACUACAACGGUGGGCUCUCACGAUGCUGAAUUACGACUUCGAGAUUCAGCAUGUAUCCACCAACGAAUUCGGAUGUGCAGAUCUGUUGUCCCGACUGAUCGACCAGACCAUCCAACCCGAAGAAGAAUACGUUAUCGCUGCGCUGAGCAUUGAGGAAGAUUUGCAUUGCAAAAGGCUACAACAACCGACGCCACACUCCAAUCUGUUGCUCAACACAUACGCGACGGAUGGCCCAGCUGCUCCAAGAACCUUUCCGCUGCAGUUCAACCGUAUUUUCUACGACGGGAAUCGCUCAGCAUGA